AUGGCCUCAACUCGAGACGCACUAGAGUUCCCUGAAUCAGACAAAGGAUUCUUAGAGUGCCAGCUCCCACCAAAAGAUGGCUCGACUCCGCGUCCAGAUAUGCCAUUCACGACACUCACAUUCGCAACAUCUCUUGAUUCCUCUCUUGCUCUGUCCCCGGGCGCACGUACCGUCCUCUCGGGACCGCAAUCCAAAGCCAUGACCCACUACCUGCGCUCUCGCCAUGACGGCAUCCUCAUCGGCGUCGGAACCGCCGUGGCGGAUGACCCUGGCCUCAACUGCCGUAUUGCCGGGGUAGGAGGUUACGGCGGUGAAAAUCUGGACAGCCAGCCGCGGCCAAUUGUGAUUGACCCAUCUGCUCGAUGGGAUUUCUCCGAAGAUAGCAAACUAUUUCAGCUUUGCAGACAGGGGCGCGGCCGCGCGCCUUGGAUUGUGACUACGCGCCAGAAGCCUUCAGCUGAAAAGCAGGCUUUGCUAGAGAAAUAUGGAGGGAAAUUUAUUACAUUGGAAGAGAUUGAUUGGAGUGUUCUCUUUGUAGCGCUUCGAUCAAAUGGACUUCGGAGCGUUAUGAUUGAAGGAGGCGCACAUGUUAUCAACUCGCUGCUGGAGCCUUCAAACAUGUCUCUGAUCGAUCGAGUUAUUGUGACCAUUGCCCCUACAUGGCUGGGCCAAGGAGGAGUCGUCGUCUCCCCUCCCCGACGCUUUGAUACUGAAGGCAAAGCGAUCUCUGCGGCGAGGCUGAAAAAUGUCAAGUGGUAUCCAUUUGGGGAGGACGUGGUUCUCUGUGGUCAAAUUCGAGUAAAUGAUGAUGUAUAG